AUUCUUUUCUUCUCUCCUCCUUAGGGAUUUAAAAUUUUUCCAUUUUUCUUUAAGACUUUUAGUUUCCCUUUUUUUAAACCCUCUUCCCUCAGAAAAGGAUCCUGUCCCUGUACGCUGCUCCGGUGGAAAUAUUCCUCAAUGCUUCUCUGCCGUGAUAGCUACGUACUCUAGUCGUGGCUAUCACGGAGGGUGGGAUUUGACUUUGAAGUCGGUAAAAAAGGGUUCUGAGGUUUGGGUGAUGGGGUCUCGGUUGUGAAUAAAGACAGUUCUCUCUGUUGAUGGAUUGAGAGUGGAAGAGGAUUUUUAUUUUUGUCUGUGGGUAGAUUUGGUGGGUUUCAAGGGAUCUAUUGGUUCUGCUGGAGACCUGAUUUGGAUCAGGUACUGUCUCAUUUUUUUGUGGUUCUUCAUGGGUUUGAUUGGUUUCUUGAAUUUAAGGAAACCGAAAUUUGACUCUUUAGGGGUUAUCUGUUGAAGGGUUUGAAGAAAUUUUGUUUCUUGAACUCUGUAUAUUAAUUACGUAGGAGUAUUGUUUGGGGAACACCCUCUUGACUGUGAGUCUUAUUCUCUGCUGGAGAAGAAGGGUGAUAUUGGAGAUAAGGUCAUUUAGGGUUUCAAGUACUUGAGUUUAAUCACAUGAACAGAAAAAUGGAGGAAGAUGCUAAUUCUUGGAUUAGGAGAACAAAUUUUUCUCAUACGGUUUGUCAUAGAUUGGAUGCAACCAGAUUGGCCUCUUUCCCGCUCACCAUUGAACCAGAUAGGAAUCCAGGAUUAAAAUCAAGGCCUGCAGCAGCUCCUUCUAAGAAAACGUAUGUUCAUGGUAACUCGGAGAUUCAGCAAAAUCCGAUUACAAACAAGCAAAGAACCGUAUCUCCUCUACCUCAUAGGUCUGUCCCUGAUGUUUUUAAGGAAGCAAGGUCUGAUAGGAAGAGAUUCUCAACUCCACAUCCUUGGAGGAAGGAGUCGGAUAGAGGAAUCAAGGGAAAGUUAUUCCAUAAAGAUUCCCAGGAGGCCAAGGCAUCUAAUUCAUUUGCAUCAAAUACAAGUCCUCUGAGGCACUUGGGUACCAUGAAAAUUCAAGAGAGAAUGAAGACGAGGAAGGACUCGGCUUGGGGUAAGUAUUUUGAUCAUGCUGGAGGAAGGGUAACAGCUGUUGAAGCAGCUGAUGAGCAAACUGUUGAUCUCUCCAAGCUGUUUCUUGGUCUUAGAUUUGCUCAUGGGGCUCAUAGCCGGCUUUACCAUGGGAUAUAUAAGGAUGAGCCUGUUGCAGUUAAAAUUAUUACUGUACCUGAUGAUGAUGAAAAUGGAAACUUAGGAGCUCGAUUGGAGAAACAAUUCAACCGAGAGGUUACUCUUUUAUCUAGACUCCAUCAUCAGAAAGUCAUUAAGUUUGUGGCAGCAUGCAAAAAGCCACCAGUUUAUUGUGUCAUUACAGAGUAUCUAUCAGAGGGUUCUUUAAGGGCAUACUUGCACAAGCUUGAUCAUAAGUCUCUUGCCUUGCAAAAAUUGAUUGCAAUUGCUUUGGAUAUUGCUCGUGGAAUGGAAUACAUUCAUUCUGAAGGAGUUAUUCAUCGGGACCUCAAACCAGAAAAUAUCCUCAUUGAUGAGAACUUUCACUUAAAAAUUGCUGAUUUUGGUAUAGCUUGUGAGGAGGCAUAUUGUGACUUGUUAGCAGAUGACCCUGGAACUUAUCGAUGGAUGGCACCUGAGAUGAUAAAAAAGAAAUCCUAUGGGCGGAAGGUUGAUGUUUACAGUUUUGGACUCAUAUUGUGGGAAAUGGUGGCUGGAACAAUCCCAUAUGAUGAUAUGAAUCCCAUCCAGGCUGCUUUUGCUGUGGUGAAUAAGAAUCUGAGGCCUGUUAUCCCGGGGGAUUGUCCGCCUCCCAUGCAAGCUCUAAUUGAGCAAUGUUGGUCAUUACAACCAGACAAGAGGCCUGAAUUCAGCCAGAUUGUCAAGGUAUUGGAGCAAUUUGAAUCUGCACUCAAUCAUGAUGGAACCCUGAAUCUAGUACAGAACCUAAUAUGCCAAGAUCAUAAGAAAGGAUUCCUUCAUUGGAUUCACAAGCUUGGUCCAGUUCACUCUAAUACCCAGGGUUCACUCAUGCCUAAACCUAAGUUCACAUGAAUCUUCCUUGUGACCUGUCUUUUGUAGUGUAACCAGGUCAAUUGUAAUUAGAAGGGUUCGUUUUCUGAGCGUCUUUAUUUGUACUUCCAUGUCAUGUUCAAGUGAGAGCGAAUGAUAUAGAUUGAUAGGGAUGCAUCAAGGUGAGACUGAAAAUGUCUUACAAUUAUUAAUAAACAGUAAAUGAUCCUUAAUGCAAGUAGAGCUGACAGAAGGGUGGGUUAAUUUGGGUUGGGGUCAGGACUCUUUGUGUCACAGGUUAGACAGGUUUAGAUCAAAUGAGUUUACAGGUUAGGGAAGGUAACUCAUAACCUACUAAUGUCACGGUUUCUGCUGGUUCUGACACCACUCAAAACGGGUAGGUUAAAACGAGCAUGAGAGUCAAGGGCCAUGUCCUACUCAGAAAGCUGUGUUUUUAAACAGCAAAAAAAACAUUUCCUUGUGAAGACUUGCCAAAUGUCUGAAGUGGAAGUUGGCAAAAUGGUUUGGUAAUUUGUGAACACUUUUGCCUCUGAAUUUCUUGUUUAUACU